GCGAACAAUUGUGUUACAGUCCCCGGAUGUCGUCCUCGUCGGCUAACUCUAGAAGCGUCUGAGUUGAUAAGGGGCACGUCGACAGAUGUUGGUUGCGCUCAACGCAGGUGACAGACACGCUCCGAGCUGCGGGUUAUACGUGGACGCAUGAACCAUCGACGUAGCACGCAGGGAACGACGCAAUAGGAGACUCAGAGUCGGGGAUCAAGUGACUCAAACAAAAUGAUAGGAUUUAUUAUUAUCGCCCAAAUGCUGCUAUUGGCUCCUCUGGGAUUCGCCAUGCCAAUAUCGCACGGAUACGCGGGAAUAAAUCGGCCGCCGGGCGGAGGAGGAGGCGGCACACCACCGAGAGGUCACCCGCAGGUCACUCGCACUGGACUAGGAGGAGGCUACCAGGUAGGCGGACCUGCAUACCCGGGUGCUGCGCCCGUGGGUUACGGUCAGCCGACAAACUACGGACCACCGCCCGCGUACGGGCCUCCCCCUGGUUUCUCGUCGCCCGCUUACGAACCACGCGAACCUGGGAUGGGUUACGAUCCAGAGUCGGCGCCGGCCGGUCCGCCACCAGUGCAGUACGGUUACGAGGGGGAAGGAUAUGGCAACCACCUCCCUGGUCAGAGCCCGCUGCAGGCACGCAUUGACUACGGUUUCCCCGCAGGCGGUGGCGGUGGCAGACGUGGAGAGGUAGCGUAUCCUCGAUCUGAACAGAUCCGAUACGGUCCAGAAACGAACAGCGGCACCACUCGUAAUGCUUACGGAAGCUCACCUCAGCAGGGGUAUGGCGGAGACGGUCGUCCCGACGAUUUUGGACCGGGGAGCAGCUACGGCAACCCAGGAGGACCAGAUAACGCACUGUCAGCCCAGCUGAGCUCUGGUGUCAAGGUGCGAUUCGGAAAUCAGGACGACAGAAAGUCAUCGUCAGGCUAUCGCGCGCCUAGUUUCGGCCGGGAUUCGAAACCAGGAUACGCAACUUCCGAACGGGACGACGAGAGCCGACGCGCCGGCUAUGGGCCGUCGAAACCGGAAAGCCGAAGCUACGGCGACGACUUCCCCAACUUCGAGGAGGGCUUCAUCGCUCCGAAGCCGCUGAACGCAAGGAGGAACCCGGGCUACGGGAGGGACGACGACGAAUCCCGUCGGGACGGGGAAGGAAGUCGCGAGAAAGAGAGGUUCGGUUACGAAGCGAAACCGACGCGGUAUGGUAGCGGAGACGAGUCGUCCUCGAGGUUCGAUCCGUCGUCCAGGAGAGAUCCCGGAGGAUACGGUGUCGCGCUUCCGGGAGAACGGUCGCCGUCCGGAUACGGUUCGUCUGAGGGCCGCGAGACGCGAGAGCGGGAUGCCGGCUCUAGAAAUCCAUUCGCGACAGAUCCUUUCUUUAAGGACGACGAAGCGGAUACGAAAAACGCCUACGGCCAGUCGCGCGAUGGCGACUCCAAACGCCGAUUCGAAUCGCCGAGCCGAGAAGACGAAUUCCGGCCGACGUACGUGCCGCCGAAGGAUCGAUCUCGAUCGGAACCCGAGGAUCGAUUCGGUCCGAAUUCGGGACCGGGUUCGCCCGGAUUCCGGCCGACGUACGUGCCGCCGGAGGAUCGAUCUCGAUCGGAACCCGAGGAUCGAUUCGGUCCGAAUUCGGGACCGGGUUCGCCCGGAUUCCGGCCGACGUACGUGCCGCCGGAGGAUCGAUCUCGAUCGGAACCCGAGGAUCGAUUCGGUCCGAGUUCGGGACCGGGUUCGCGCGAAUUCCGUCCGGAUACGCGCGACUCGUUCGGUGCGCCGCGAACGACUUCUUACGCGCCACCGACAAGAUCUACUAUCAACCCGUACGCCAAGCACGGCUACGCAGCCGACAAGACCCCUAACUCAGGCCCCGGCAGCAGAGGUACAAGCUUAGGCUACGGACGCUAUCUUGCUAACUUUUAAACGUCUAACGUCGGGGUUGAACGCAUAUUGAUGCAGCUGCCAAACAUACCUUAACCGCAUAUGAUUAAGGAAACACGAGUGUUAGUACUAGUUAUACUCAAAUAUAUAAGGGGUAACUUACAUGGCCUUAUUUUAAAGUGUCCUGAUAGGCAAGCACUGGAUAAUUUGAAACAUAUUUAUAUGGUUGUCUAAUCCCGCACAUUGCUUAUAGAUAAAUGCAUGUCUAUAUAUUAUAGGAUUUCACCACAGGCGUUAAAACUGCGUUAAUAAUACAUGAGACAAAUAUACGGUAAAGAAAAGAAACUGUAAAAAAACACAAGUGGCAAUAUAUGAACCGUAAACAUAUCAGACGGCAAUCGAUUGCGUGAACAGAAAUACAUCGCAACACAAACAAUGUGUCAUUAUAUAAUCAGCAAAUAAUUCAUCGCCAAAAUGCAUUUUUGAAACGACCUUUUACAUCGAUACUUCACGCUACUAAUUCUACUUCAUCUAAUCGUAAUAUUCAUCUAUCACUUAUUGAAUAAACACAUACGCAUUUCAUAUCGGGUUGUUAUACCACCCUCCUCCCACACACCCGCGCACGCACGCACGCACGCACGAACGCACACGCACGCACAUACACGAACAUCGGGCACGACAGGAAAGACAAUAAAUUGCUUACACGGUUCCUAUAAUAUACUCUCGGUGGAAAUCAUUCCGUAGAAAUGUUUAUACACGCAUCGCGUGCGCCAGCAGGAGCAAAGCAUGAAACGCAUUAACACGCGAAGGAAACCGCGAUGGUGGAAACGCACGUUAUCUUUUUUCACGAUUACGUUAUUUUAUAAUGAUAGCUUGCAUGCGUGUACAUUGCCUGUAGGUUGUAACGAUUUCACCGAGUCUUGCCGCACCUAAUCAGAUAUUCUCAUUUUCAUCUAGUGGAGUUAUAAUAAUCAGCGAGGUUAAUCUUAAUUAAUAUACUCGUGUGUAUGCACGGAAAAAUUGUGUCGAAAAGAUUCAUCCUGGUCAUAAUUGGAAGAAAUUAUUAAUUAGCUGCUUGAAAAUCGAUAUAUCUUUCUUAUAUAAAUUUUUGUAAUAUGAACGCAAACAUAAUUUCAGGAGUGAAUAAUAAUAUUAUUCUAUUAUGAUUCACUCCUGAUAAUAUAUGACAAUGCAAAACGAAAGGAAACAGCCAGUAGCGAAAUUUUAAAUCCGCGUAUGUUCCGCGUAUUUUUAUUAUAACUCCAGAAUGUUUUUUCAAUUUGUUAUUUGUUAAGUUUUAUAAUAAAUUUGAUAGCAAAUAUGAGACCGGAAAA